ACAGUUGCCCCCUCAACAACACCAGCAACUGAAAGUAUGACAACAGUUACCCCCUCAACUACAACACCAGCAACUUCAACUACUACAGUUGCCCCCUCAACAACACCAACAUCAGCUACCACAACAGUUGCCCCCUCAACAACACCAGCAACUGAAACUAUGACAACAGUUGCCCCCUCAACUACAACACCAGCAACUUCAACUACGAUAACAGUUGCCCCCUCAUCCACAACACCAACAUCAGCUACCACAACAGUUGCAACCUCAACCACAACACCGGCAACAUCAACUACAACAGUUGUCCCAUCAACAACACCAACAUCAGCUACCACAACAGUUGCCCCCUCAACAACACCAGCAACUGAAACUAGGAAAACAGUUGCACCCUCAACUACAACACCAGCAACUUCAACUACGAUAACAGUUUCCCCCUCAACCACAACACCAACAUCAGCUACCACAACAGUUGCCACCUCAACCACAACACCAGCGAUAUCAACUACAACAGUUGCCCCCUCAACCACAACACCAGCACCAGCAACAUCAACUACAACAUUUGCACCCUCAACCACAACACCAGCAACAUCAACUACAACAGUUGUCCGGACAACAACACCAGCAACAUCAACUCCAACAACAGUUGCCCCCUCAUCCACAACACCAGCAACAUCAAGUACAACAGUUGCCCCCUCAAUCACAACACCAGCUACAUCAACUACCACAACAGUUGCCCCCUCAACAACACCAACUACAUCAUCAACAACAUUUGCCCCCUCAACCAUAACACCAGACACAUCAAGUACAACAACAAAUGCCCCCUCAACCACAACAACAGCAACAUCAACUAAAACAGGUACCCUCUCAACAACACCAACUACAUCAACAACAACAGAUGCACCCUCAACCACAAUGCAAGCAACGUCAACUACAACAGUUGCCCCCUCAACUACAACACCAACAACAUCAACGGUUGCCCCCUCUACCACAACACAGGCAACAUCAACUACAACAGUUGUCCCAUCAACACCAGCAACUUCAACUACAACAGUUGCCCCCUCAUCCACAGUUGCACCCUCAACUACAACACCAGCAACUUCAACUACAAUAACAGUUUCCCCCUCAACCACAACACCAACAUCAGCUACCACAACAGUUGCCACCUCAACCACAACACCAGCAACAUCAACUACAACAGUUGUUCCAUCAACAACACCAGCAAUUACAUCAACAACAACAACAGUUGCCCCCUCAACCACAACACCUGCAAUAUCAUCUACCACAACAGAUGCUCCAUUGGCAACAAUACCAGCAACAUCAACUACAACAGUAUUCCCCUCAACCACAACACCAGCAACAUCAGCUACAACAACAAAUGCCCCCUCAACCACAUCACCAACACCUUCAACUACAACAACAGUUACAGCCUCAACCACUUCACCAACAACUUCAACUACAACAACAGUUGCCCCCUCAACCACAACACCAGCACAAUCAACUAUAACAACAAAGGCCUCCUCAACCACAACACCAGCAACAUCAACUACAACAGUUGCCACCUCAACAACACCAGCAACUUCAACAACAAAAGUUGCACCCUCAACCACAACACCAGCAACAUCAACUACAACUGACAACAGUGCCCCCUCAACUACAACACCAGCAACUUCAACUACGAUAACAGUUGCCCCCUCAUCCACAACACCAACAUCAGCUACCACAACAGUUGCAACCUCAACCACAACACCGGCAACAUCAACUACAACAGUUGUCCCAUCAACAACACCAACAUCAGCUACCACAACAGUUGCCCCCUCAACAACACCAGCAACUGAAACUAGGAAAACAGUUGCACCCUCAACUACAACACCAGCAACUUCAACUACGAUAACAGUUUCCCCCUCAACCACAACACCAGCAUCAGCUACCACAACAGUUGCCACCUCAACCACAACACCAGCGAUAUCAACUACAACAGUUGCCCCCUCAACCACAACACCAGCAUCAGCUACCACAACAGUUGCCCCCUCAUCCACAACACCAGCAACAUCAACUACAACAUUUGCACCCUCAACCACAACACCAGCAACAUCAACUACAACAGUUGUCCGGACAACAACACCAGCAACAUCAACUCCAACAACAGUUGCCCCCUCAUCCACAACACCAGCAACAUCAAGUACAACAGUUGCCCCCUCAUCCACAACACCAGCUACAUCAACUACCACAACAGUUGCCCCCUCAACAACACCAACUACAUCAUCAACAACAUUUGCCCCCUCAACCAUAACUCCAGACACAUCAACUACAACAACAAAUGCCCCCUCAACCACAACAACAGCAACAUCAACUAAAACAGGUACCCUCUCAACAACACCAACUACAUCAACAACAACAGAUGCACCCUCAACCACAAUGCAAGCAACGUCAACUACAACAGUAGCCCCCUCUACCACAACACAGGCAACAUCAACUACAACAGUUGUCCCAUCAACAACACCAGCAACUUCAACUACAACAGUUGCCCCCUCAUCCACAACACCAGCAACAUCAACUACAACAGUUGUUCCAUCAACAACACCAGCAACUACAUCAACAACAACAACAGUUGCAACCUCAACCACAACACCGGCAACAUCAACUACAACAGUUGUCCCAUCAACAACACCAACAUCAGCUACCACAACAGUUGCCACCUCAACCACAACACCAGCAACUUCAACUACAACAGUUGCCCCCUCAUCCACAACACCAGCAACAUCAACUACAACAGUUGUUCCAUCAACAACACCAGCAACUACAUCAACAACAACAACAGUUGCCCCCUCAACCACAACACCUGCAAUAUCAUCUACCACCACAGAUGCUCCAUUGGCAACAAUUCCAGCAACAUCAACUACAACAGUAUUCCCCUCAACCACAACACCAGCAACAUCAGCUACAACAACAAAUGCCCCCUCAACCACAUCACCAACACCUUCAACUACAACAACAGUUGCCCCCUCAACCACAACACCAGCACAAUCAACUAUAACAACAAAGGCCUCCUCAACC